AUGUCCUCCAACCCUCCAUCCAACCCCACGCCGCUGGCCAGUCGAAAUCGCAGCUUCUUCCUCUCAAAACUCCGCUCUCCUCUCGGCCAACGCAACCGAAGCAUCACCGACUAUUAUAUAGAUCUCGAUGAUCCAUGGCGCUCAUACUUUCCGGGGGAUACCAUCAAAGGCACUGUCAUCGUGACGGUCGUGCGGCCGGUUCGCAUCACCCAUAUAGUUGUCUGUCUUCACGGAUGUGUGAAAGUGUUCAAGAAUGCGGUCCCUGCCGGGGAGAAGAACCCGGAUCUAGGCUUUCUAGGGCCCGGGCGCGGUCGGCGAGGCGCAGAAUAUAUGGGCAACGGUCUGGCGACAUUGUUUGAAGACGAAGUCGUUCUCUGCGGCGAUGGACGUCUGAAAGAGGGAAUCUACAAGUUUCGCUUUGAAAUGACACUACCGCCCUACGCGUUGCCCAGCAGUAUAAACUUUGAACGGGGCGCAAUCUCUUACUCAUUAACAUCCACCCUCACCCGACCGACCACUAUGAAUCCAACCAUGACCUGCCGACGACGGGUCAAUGUCCUAGAAAACAUUGAUAUCGCAUCAUUCCCAGCCCCAAAAGCCCGCAUUGUCACUCUUGAACCUGUCACGAAGCGAUCAAAACCAAAAGGCAAAGCCAAAAGCCCGUCAUCAACUCCAUCAACGUCCACAAUUUCAGACGCGACCGCGGCGCCAGACGAUAUAUCUUCUAUAGAUAUAGGAAGCUGCACAGUUGCUUCGAUAGACCGCCCACCGCUGAGCCCCUCACCAAGCAAUGUCAGUUCUAUAAGUCGACCGAGCGAAAGCAGUCAAAGUUUCAGAAUCACAAGUGAGCCGAGCACAGGAGGAGGUAAUAGCGAAAGCCGUAGUGCGACGCCUUCAAUCUCAGAUAAAACCAUCACGACAAAGACGGAGGUCUUACGCGCCGGCGUACUACCAGGGGACACUUUGCCCAUCAAAGUCACCAUCAACCAUUGGAAACAGGUGCGCAGUGCGCAUGGUAUUGUCGUUACUCUAUACCGACAGGGCCGCAUCGACCUUCACCCUGCUAUCCCUAUUGGCUCUUCAACAGACGGGAAGAAGCCGGUCUACGAAGAUUGCUACCCACGGUCACGAACUGGACUUGGGGGCCUGACUCUCGGCACCAGUCGUACCACCAGCACAUUCCGCAAGGAUCUGUCACAAACAUUCGCACCGUUGAUCGUGGAUCCGAACACCAUGACUGCCGAGAUCAAGACCUCCAUUCGAGUCCCGGAGGACGCAUUCCCGACAAUCACUCGUGUGCCCGGAGCCAUGAUCAACUUCCGAUACUACGUCGAGGUUGCCGUGGACCUCCGAGGCAAGAUUACUUCGCCCGAUCGCUUUAUCCCACGCUUCAAUAUGGUUUCAGGUGGCAGCACAUUCUCGCCUAGCGGGCAGAUUUUGAACCCAGCUGAUGUGAACGGGGGUGGUAUCACCGCCAAUUGGGCUGGUAAUAUAUUGGACACUGACCAGAUUCGCCGAGAGAAAGGUGUUAUCUCGGUAGCUUUCGAGAUUGUUGUCGGCACACGGGAUUCUCAGCGUCGCCAAGCUGCGUUUGAACGUACGCUAUCAAAUGCAGCAGAGUCUACGACGUCAUAUCCUUACGUUCAAACCAAUAGUAAUCCCGUGAAUGGAGAGGAGUGGCCAGAGUCAAGCUCAAUGCACAAUUCACAGCUCGAAUAUACCGGGCAGGAGGGUUACGAAAACGAAGAAGAGUGGGGAGAGUAUCCUGGAGACUAUGGAGACUACGAAGACUACAACCAACAACCCCAUCCUGUCGGCUCUAUCGUCCCUCAACCAGAGUUAGAAGAACCUGUGGACGAAAAGACGAGGAUGCGACGCCACGAAGAAGCUUUGUUGCCCAGCCAGCCCCCAGAAGAAGAUGAAGCAGGACCAUCCACGGCUGUAGAUGCUCCGACCGCUCCAGUAUUAUCAGAUGAUCAUCACCUCCAAGAUUAUCAGCAUCUGCCAUCACCAACAACCAACGGCCUAUCGCAUACAGUCCGUUCCAACGAGUCGCUUCAGACCGUAAUUGUGCAAAAUAAUUAUGCUGUUCCCAGCGAACUCUUUCCAUCCGGUGAAGACAAACAGGAGCUGGAACGCCAGCGACUCAUACAACAGGCUAGUGCACCUAGUGCGCCCGGCGCCCCUCCAGAAGAACCCAAUGACAGCCCAGGCGAGGGCCCUAGUGCGCCGGUCUUCGACGAAGACGAUCAACUCGUUGGCGGAACAGCGCAUGCAGAUGAAUCUCUGCCUCGAUACCAGCGAUGA